UCCUGUAGGGUAAGACAGAUUUCCAUACCCACCCCACCCAAAAAAAACAUGGAAACCAGAAACAAUGUCACCAAGUUUGUCCUCCUGGGGCUUACCCAGAAUCCAGAGGUACAAAAAACACUAUUUGCUGUAUUCUUAGUUAUCUACAUUUCAACUAUAAUGGGCAACAUUCUAAUAAUCCUAACUGUCAUUAGAAGUAAGAGCUUGAGGUCCCCUAUGUACUUUUUUCUUGCCUUCUUGGCAUUUGUAGAUACUCUCUAUUCCACUGUCAUUGUCCCUAAAAUGACCCUAGACAUGCUCCAUGAAAGGGCAACCAUUUCUUUCCAAGCUUGCAUGGUGCAGCUCUUUUUGGAACACCUAUUUGCUGGGGCUGAAAUUUGCCUCCUCGUUUUUAUGGCCUAUGAUCGCUAUGUAGCCAUCUGUAAACCCUUGUAUUACUUAGUCAUUAUGAGGUGGCAGGUAUGUGUUCUAAUUGUGGUGGCAUCCUGGAUUGGAGGUUUCAUGCAUUCAAUAGUCCAGCUCCUUUUUAUUGUUAGUCUUCCAUUUUGUGGACCCAAUGUAAUUGAUCACUUCAUUUGUGACAUGUAUCCUUUGUUGAAACUUUCCUGCACAGAUACCUAUAUAAUCGGCAUCUCAGUGGUUGCAAAUGGAGGAUUAAUGUGCACAAUUUUCUUUUUGCUGUUGCUUCUCUCCUAUGGGGUCAUUCUCCACUCUUUGAAAAGGCAAAGUCUGGAAAGUCAACAAAAAGCCCUUUCUACUUGCACCUCCCACAUCACAGUGGUUGUCUGCUUCUUUAUCCCUUGUAUUUUCACAUAUGUUAGGCCUGUCUGUACCUUCUCCUUUGAUAAAUUUGUAAGUGUGUUUUAUACAACCAUCACUCCUAUGCUGAACCCUUUGAUCUACACCCUGAGAAACACAGAGAUGAAAAAUGCCAUGAGGAAGCUUUGGAACAGAAAUGUGAUGUCCAGCUGUAAGGUAAUGGAUAUCCUGGCCAAGCAGUGA